GGGCCGGGGCCGGGGGGCGGGGCAAAGGGCAGGAGAGCGGAAGUGCGUCACGGCCACUUCCGGUGAGCGGAGCGCUUCAAGAUGGCGGCGCUGGUGUUGAGGUGCAUCUCUCGGCGGUGCCUGCUGGCCCGGCUCAGCCCCGGCCCCUCCGUGCACCACGUUGUCCCCAUGGCCACGACGGCCAAGGAGGAGAUGGCUCGCUUCUGGGAGAAGAACACCAAGUCCGCCCGGCCCCUGUCCCCCCACGUCUCCAUUUACAAGUGGUCGCUGCCCAUGGCCAUGUCCAUCACGCACCGCGGCACCGGCGUCGCGCUCAGCUUAGGCGUCUCCCUCUUCAGCCUGGCUGCCCUGCUGCUCCCGGAGCAGUUUCCUCACUACGUGGCCGUGCUGAAGUCUCUCAGCCUGGGCCCAGCGCUCAUCUACUCCGCUAAGUUCGCCCUGGUCUUCCCCCUCUCCUACCACACCUGGAACGGAAUCCGGCACCUGGCGUGGGACGUGGGGAAGGGUCUCAAGCUCACCCAGGUGCAGCAGUCGGGGGUCCUGGUCCUGGUCCUGACCGUGCUCUCCUCCGCCGGCCUCGCCGCCAUGUGAGCCCGCUCCCCCCCCAAAUUGGGGGACGUUGGUUCCAUCCCAGCCCACCCGGCCAGGGGUUGGGGGGGGGGGGACAGAGACUUCAGAGAAACCACGGAUGCUUUCGAGGGAUGGGGGGCAGCCCUUCCCCCCCCUGCCCUCCCCAAUCAUCCGAAUCAUCAGGGCCGCAGCCCCUGCUCUGUGCUAAUCACGGUGGUUCAGCCCGGUUGGGUUCACUGCUCUCGUUCCCUUCGGGACGUGGCUCUGCCCACCCCCCCCUUGCAAUAAAUCAGCCUUGAUCCUUC